AUGGUCCUCGAUCUUCUGCCCUCGAUCGAGCUUGGCAGCAGCUCUACCUCUGACUCUAGCACAUCAGGUCUGACGCUAGACCAAGUCGCCUAUCUUGGGUCCUGCCUCAUUACUGUCGAUCAUGACUCUCUAAAGCUAGCACUUGACUUCACAAAGCACAACUUCAACAAGCUGGAAAUCUACGCCGACGUUCGACAGGUUUCCAGUCUUGAUGAAGUGUUUCAGGUGCUACAUGCUGGUGUUCGCAAGGUCUUUGUGACAUUCGAACAGCUGAAAGUCUUGUCGUGCUAUCCUGAAGAUCAGCUUGCUCCAGAAAGACUUGUCCUGACUAUCAAUCCAGAUAACCCACGAACGAACCUCGAGAAGCUGAAAGGAUGGCUAUCCGAGAACCAGACUUGGAAGACUUCCCCAUGGGCAUUUGACGGCGAUCGAGGCAGUGAAUACGUCGAUGCUGUGCUGACUGAGCUGGAUAACCAUCCUCCUUCGCCAGACCAAGUUGUAUGGGCACACAUAACAGAGAAGACAUACACGGGGGACGUACUGUCUAGAUACCCCGGCAGCGCAUACAUCGUGCCUGCUAGCCGAUUGACCUUCAAUAGCACAAGAGAGGGCAACGACAAUCUGAUACCAGUUAUCGAUCUCAUCUUAGCUAAUGCUGUAACGGAUCGCAAGACAGGUCUGUACACGACCACCGUGGUAGAUGAGUACGGAGUAGCCCUCGGCUUGGUCUACAGCAGCAAGGAAAGCAUUGCGGAAGCCUUGAGGACUGGAACUGGUGUUUAUCAAAGUCGAAAGAGGGGGUUGUGGUACAAAGGCCAGUCUAGUGGAGAUACGCAAGAGCUCAUAAGCAUAGACUUUGAUUGCGACAAGGAUUGCUUGCUCUUCAGAGUCAAGCAGAAAGGUCGAGGCUUCUGUCACAAGGGCACAACGACUUGCUGGGGACCUGAUUCUGGUCUUGCCAAACUCGAAAGAACUAUCAAGGCACGAAAGCUGUCAGCUCCGGAAGGAUCCUAUACCGCGAGACUAUUUAAUGAUCCCAAGAUGAUCAAUGCGAAGAUUCGGGAAGAAGCUGAUGAGCUGUGCGAGGCCCAAACAAAGCAGGAAAUAGCCUCGGAAGCCGCAGACCUCUUCUACUUCGCCCUGACAAGAUGUAUAGCAGCCGAUGUUUCAUUGUCCGAUAUCGAAAGAAGUCUCGACCUAAAGAGCUUGCGCGCCAAGCCACGACGCAGAGGUGACGCUAAACCACAGUAUUUACAAACAGAAUCAGAAUCAGAAACCAAGGUCAAUGGCACAAGUAAAAGCGAACCUGAGGAGGAACAAACCAAGGAAGCUGCAUCAAUACCUGAGGAGUCUUCCGAUCCGGCAGGAGUGGCUGCUGAUGGCCGUAUUCAGAUGAGACGCUACAGCACAGCACAAGCCUUCUCAGACGACGCCAUACAGGCGGCGUUACAACGACCGUCUCAGCGUUCCACGGAGAAGAUUAUGUCUCUUGUCAAUCCGAUAAUAACAGAAGUCAGGGAAAAGGGCGAUGCUGCAGUCCUCAAGUAUACUCAGAAAUUCGAGAAAGCAACUUCACUCAAGGCGCCUGUGCUCAAGGCGCCAUUUGCGCAGUCUCUGAUGCAGUUACCUCCUGAGACGAUUCAAGCUAUUGAUACAUCUUACAACAAUAUCCUCACCUUCCACUCUGCACAGAAGGAGAAAGCACCACUUGUGGUUGAAACUAUGCCUGGGGUGGUCUGCAGUCGUUUCAGCCGGCCGAUAGAGAAAGUUGGACUUUACAUACCCGGAGGUACAGCUGUUCUUCCGUCGACGGCUUUGAUGCUAGGAGUACCCGCUAUGGCCGCGGGUUGCAAGAACAUUGUCAUGGCUUCACCGCCACGCUCUGAUGGCACAAUUACACCCGAAAUCGUUUACAUAGCCCACAAAAUCGGUGCGGAAGCUAUUGUUCUUGCCGGCGGAGCUCAAGCUGUGGCUGCCAUGGCUUAUGGUACAGAGUCCAUCACGAAGGUGGACAAGAUUCUUGGUCCAGGGAACCAGUUCGUCACAGCUGCGAAGAUGAUCGUAAGCAACGACACGACUGCUAGUGUCAGUAUCGAUAUGCCUGCAGGGCCAUCCGAAGUCCUUGUCAUCGCAGACAAGACUGCCAAUCCCGCCUUCGUGGCAUCCGACUUGUUAUCACAAGCUGAACAUGGCGUUGAUUCCCAAGUAGUGCUUCUGGCCGUUGACCUGACAGAUGACCAGCUACAAGCCAUUGAAGACGAGCUCCAUACUCAAGCACAUGCUCUACCAAGAGUAGACAUCGUUCGAGGUGCAAUCGACCACUCCGUCAGCAUCUCAGUGCCCGAUCUAGCAACAGCCAUGAAGUGGAGCAACUACUACGCGCCUGAACAUUUGAUCCUCCAAAUCGACGAUCCUCAUGCUGUACUGACCCAAGUACAGAACGCUGGCUCCGUUUUCAUCGGUCAGUGGACGCCAGAAUCAGUCGGCGACUACAGCGCGGGUGUAAACCAUUCACUACCUACCUACGGCUACGCCAGACAGUACUCUGGCGUAAACCUCGCCAGUUUCAUGAAGCACAUCACCUCAUCCGCUGUCUCGGAAGAAGGUGUCCGAUCAGUUGGUUCUGCAGUAGUCGAGCUAGCUCGCGUAGAAGGUCUCGACGCCCACAAACGAGCAAUGGAGCUCCGUAUGGAGGCUCUUGGUAUCCUAGAACCCAAGGCCAAGAGUGUUGCGCCUGCUCCUGCUGUCAGGGAGCCGGAAUCUGGGAGCGCGGCUGUACAGAGCACUGUCGGAGGAACAGGAGGUGCAACGCAAGGAUUUGAAGGUGGAAGCGAUAAUAUAGACGAGGUUCUUCCUGCUAAGAGCGCCAUUACUGAGGCAGCGGAACCUACGGACGGCAAAGUUGACACAAUUUCAAGCACUGAGACCGAGAAAGCAGUCAUCGAGGCUAACAAAGUCACAGCUACUGCUCAAGCCUCUGAUGGCGAGCCCAUCCAAGUCUUGGCUGAGCACAAUGGUGAUCAUUAA